AUGCAAAAGGCGCAUUUUGCUCUACAGUUUGGGAUACCAGUACAAACUUUGAGAGACAGAGUUAAAGGUUACAUUGACCCUGUUCAUUUUAAGAAAACAAAGGAAACUUGUUUUAGAGAUGAUGAGGAACUGACCCUUGUUGAACAUGUUGAGACCAUGGCUGAGCUUGGGUAUGGAUAUAGUAAUACUCAGCUACAGCAUGCUGCUGCAACCGUGCAAGGUCCACCACACCCGAAUGUGUUAAGAAGUAUUAUUGAAAACCUUGCUGCUAUUUUUAAUAAAUAUAACCUACACACAAAGCCACAAAACAUUUAUAACAUUGAUGAGACUGGGUUACAACCAGACCAUAGACAACCUAAUGUAAUUGCUCCUACAAAUAGUAAACCACAAGCUAUAACUUCUCCAAGGUCUACAACUACUACAUUGAUUGGCUGUGCAAAUGCAGCUGGUAAUUCUCUGCCACCAUAUUUUGUAUUUAAAGGAAAAAGAUAUAACCCUGACUUGAUGAAAGGAGCUACAGUAGGCACAGGUUACUCAAUGUCAGACAGUGGAUGGUCAAAUGCUGUCAUCUUCAGAACAUAUCUUGAAGACCAUUUCCUUCCACAUGUGAGAGGUCAAUUAAGUGUUGAUAACCCUGUACUAGUUCUGUAUGAUGGUCAUGCCUCUCACAUUAAUGAACCACUGGUCAAAUGGGCAAGAGAACAGAACAUCAUACUUUUUGUUCUCCCUGCACACACAUCACAUAUACUGCAGCCCCUAGAUGUUGGCAUGUUUGGCCCACUAAAAUCAUUUUAUUACACAGAAUGUGCAAUCUAUAUGAAUAAACACAUGGGUAAAACUAUCACUCGAUAUGAAAUCUGCCAGCUGGCUUGUAAGGCUUACUUGAAAUCCAUGACUCCAAUCAAUAUAUUGUCAGGUUUCAAGAAAACUGGAAUAUUUCCACUUUCUCCAGAAGAAGUACCUAUGCAAAAGUUGCUUCCGUGUGAAAGUUUUAGAGAAAAUAAGCCACUGCAAAAAGCAAAAGCACUGAAAGAAGGAAAACAUGCUGUAGAGGAAUUUUUCAAACAAAA